GGAAGAAGCCCAAAUGCACUAAACUAUAAGAUAAUUUGUGCCCAUCUACAAAUUCCCUCCAGCAGCGUAAAACCGUGUUACAGAUAGGGAAACCGAAACCCUAAAAGGAAGGGUUGAGGGAAUCCCAAGGACAUCUGCCGGAUUGGGAUAUGGAACUACCAGCAUUGUGUUUGAAUAUCUUCUGUUUGGUCCUGCUCACACUGUUGAGCCAGGAAAAGAUGCCAGAUUCAAGCCCUUGGGAAUCCUUUUCGGAAAGUGAACUUGUCCCUGUUGGGCUUCAACAUUGAAAUGGGGUUUCAUAUAAGAUUCUAAACCAACUGAACCAAACCCAUUGCUGUCCAGCGAUUCUGACUCAUAGUGACCCUACAGGACAGGGUAGAACUGCCCCGUAGGGUUUCCAAGGAGCGGCUGGUGGAUUCGAACUGCCGACCUUUUGGUUAGCAGCCAAGCUCUUAACCACUGCAUUACCAAGGUUCCUUACUAGAAUUGUUAAUUCUCAAAUUUGGAAGAAAUUUGAGAUACCGUUUAUAGUGCUGUUGGUACAAGGAAUGUCUGAGGAACACUUCCCUCAGGUCCACCACCCGGCUGUCAGUUUGUCCUACUGCGGUGGCUCGCACACUUCCCUCAGGUCCACCACCCGGCUGUCAGUUUGUCCUGCUGUGGUGGCUUACACCUUGCUCUGAUGCUGUAGUUGCCACCAGCCCUUCAAAUGCCAACAGCAUCACCUGUGAUGGACAGAUGUCAACGCAGCUUCACAUGACUAGGAAGAAAGAACUAGGGAUCUGCUUGCAAAAAUUAGCCAAUGAAAACAUUACAGAUGAGAACACUGUAUUGUCCGACUCAACACAAACACGCCAAAAACCACAAAGAUGGUGCCAACUGGACGGCAGCUAACAGCAACAUCCCCUCAAAUUUCUGCCCCCUCUGCCCACCAUAUACAUACCUACCUACCCCCUAGACAGGUGAUUCCUGGUGAUACUCCGGAACACUUCUAAGGAGAAUGUCAGUGCUAACCUAAAACAACUACAAUGGUUAGAAAAUUCUUGUUACACCCCUCUGGUCCUAGUUCUGUCCUCGAAUGAGGAUGGGUGCAAGGACAUAAGGUGGAGAGACAGCUGUUGGUUUGCAGAAGGGCUAGAGGAAACCCUGAGCGUACCCUGCAGGUCCAGAGGUUGGUGGGACUGUGGGGUGCUGGGGCCCUGGGGCUACAGUGAUGUGCAGAGAGCAUCUUUAAAAAAGAGAGUGCCUUAAGCAUGGGAAAUCUUUGGUAGACUGGUUGGGAGCAGGGUUAAGAAGAGAAAGUAAACCAAAUCCCUUAGUUCCCUAGGGAUGCCAUAACAAGAAUACCACAAAGCAGGUGGCUUCAAAGAACAGAAGCUUAUUGUCUCAGCUCUGGAGGCUAGAAGUCAGGGCAUCGGCUCUACCAGAAGGUUCUUUCUUAUAGUUUCUGGCAGCUGUCGGCAGUCCUUGGCAUUCCUGGGCUUGUAAAUUCAUCUGCAUGUAUCUUCACAUGGUGUCUGUCUUUCCCCUGCAUCUCUCUAUUCUGCUAUUUUUAUAAGAUACCACUCAGAAGGGAUUAGGUUUAGGACCUGCUCUGUUUUGGUGUGACCUCAUAACAUGACAAGAAAACCUAUCCUCCCUAACAAGGUCAUAUUUACAGAUACAGGGGUUAGGACUUAAGCAUAAUUUGGGGGACACAAUUCAUAACACCAAAGAAUUAGGAUUGGGGGAUCAUAGAAGUAAAAUGGGAAGAGCCUUGGUGGCACAGUGGUUAAGCACUCAGCUGCUAGCCAAAAGGUCAGCAGUUCAGUAGCUUCGCUGGAGAAAAGAGCUGGCGAUCUCCCGUGAAGGUUGUUGUUGGGUGCCAUCAAGUUGGUUCUGACUCACAGAGACCCUGUGUGCAACAGAACGAAACACUGCCCGGUCCUUCACCAUCCUCACAGUCGUUGCUAUGUUUGAGCCCAUUGUUGCAGCCACUGUGUCAAUCCAUCUUGUUGGGGGCCUUCCUCUUUUUCACUGACCCUCUGCUUUACCAAGCAUGAUCUCCUUCUCCAGGUAGUGAUCCUCCUGAUAACAUGUCCAAAGUAUGUGAGAUGAAGUCUCACCGUCCUCGCUUGUAAGGAGCAUUCUGGUUGUACUUCUCCCAAGACAGAUUUGUUCAUUCUUCUGGCCGUCCAUGAUACAGUCAGUAUUCUUUGCCAACACCAUAAUUCAAAGCCAUCAACUCUUUGGUUUUCCUUAUUCUUUGUCCAGCUUUUGCAAGCAUGUGAGGUGACUGAAAACACCAUGGCUUGGGGUCAGGCGCACUUUAGUCCUCAAAGCGACAUCUUUACUUUUGAAUACUUUAAAGAGGGCUUUUGCAGCAGACAGGCACACUCUAUCCGGGGCUGCCCUACGCAGUCUUGCUCCCUUGUAUUUUUUUUCACUCAUGCUUCCCUACCCAUCUCUUAAAAUACAUUUAUGUGGCUCAAAAUAUAAAAGAUAAAAAAGGGUAUUAUGUGAAAAGGCUCUCCUACGCAUGUACAAGCCCGUGUUUGUGUGUGUGCACGCACAGCCCAUGGUGGGGGUGCACAUGUGCAUGUGUAUUUCCCCCAUAACUCUCCUGAUGCUCCGAUUGGUCCCAUCUUUCCCCACCUUCCACGCCUGAACUGGACUCCUAAACUUGGGUCAGUCUCCAGUACGACUUCCCCCAGGGUAAAAAGAAUGGGGGCUUUUAUCUGAGCGAUUCCUCUUCUCUGAGGUCCUGAGUUUCUGGCAGUCCCAGUUCUGUAAGAAUGCUGACCUGUCAGCCACCAUGCUCUUUUCCAUCCCAACCUUGACUUCACCGAGAUUCUGAGGAGCCACGACAGGGCCUCCGUAGCCGCCAAGGAAGAGGGAGACUCUGUCCUCUGUUGCUCUGUUACUAUCGCUGAGACUGCCCUGGGGCAGCUGCCAUUACCCUGGUGCAGCUUACCUUUGAUUUUAUCUUGGAAUUGUGUUAAUGCUUCUUGAUUAGAGGAGAGCUCAAAAUGAAACUUUUUUUUUUUUAAGUUUAUUGUGUUUUAGGUGAGAGUUUACAGCACAAAUUAGUUUCUCCUUCAAGAGUGUAUACACAGAUUGUUUUGUGACAUUGGUUGCAAUCCCCACAAUGUGUCAGCACUCUCCCCCUUUUCCUUUCCACCCCGGGUUCUUCUUGUCCAUUUGUACAGUUCUCCUGUCCCUCCCUGCCUUCUGGUAGUCUUUGCUUUUGGACAGGUGUUGCCCAUUUGAUCUCAUACACCUGAUUGAACUCCUCAAGCGUGCCUGUCUGAUCUUUCUGUGAAAGGUCGACUUCAGGAGUGGCUUCAGUUCUGAGGUAGCAGGGUGUCCAGGGACCAUGGUCUCUGGAGUCCCUCUAGCCUCUCUCAGACCAGUAAGUCUGGUCUUUUUUUGUGUGUGAAUUUGAAUUGUGUUCUGUAUUUUUCUCCCACCCUGUCUGGUACCCUCUAUUGGAAUCCCUUCCAGAGCUGUCAGUGGUAGCCAGGCACCAUCUAGUUUUUCUGGGCUCAGGCUGGUGGAGGCUAGGGUUCGUGUGGUCCAUUAGUCCUUUGGAUUAAUAUUUUUCUUGUGUCUUUGGUUUUCUUCAUUUUCCUUUGCUCUGGAUGGAAUGGGACCGAAAGAUGUGUCUUAGAUGGCUGCUCACAGGCUUUUAAGACCCCAGGCACUACUCACCAAAGUAGGAUGCAAAACGUUUUCUUUAUGAACUGUGUUGUGCCAAUUGACAUAAAUGUCCCCUGAGACCAUGGUUCCCAGCCUUCAGCCCCCAUAACUCGGUCCCUUGAGGUGUUUGGAUGUGUCUAGGAAGCCUGUCUGACUUUGCUUUGGUUAAGUUGUGCUGACUUCCCCUAUAUUGUGUGUUGUCUUUCCCUUCACCAGAGUUAACCUUGUCUACCAUCUAAUUAGUGACUUCCCCUCCCUACCCCUCUCCUCUCUUGUAACCAUCAGAGAUUGUUUUUAUGUACGUGUAUAAACCUUUUUUUUUUUUGGUUGUUGUACUAGUGGUCUCAUACAAUAUUUGUCCUGUUGCGAUUGAUUUAUUUUACUCAGCAUAAUGCCCUUCAGGUUCACCCAUGUUGUGAGAUGUUUUGCAGAUUCAUUGUUCUUUAUCACCGCGUAGUGUUCAUUGUGUUUGUACCAUAAUUUGUUGGCCCAUUCAGCUGUUGAUGAGCAUUUAGGUUGUUCCCAUUUUUUGCUAUCGUGAGUAAUGCUGCAAUGAAUAUGGAUGUUCAUAUGUCUAUUCGUGUGAUGGCUCUUAUUUCUCUAGGAUAUACUCCUAGGAGUGGGAUUGCUGGUCAUAUGGUAUUUCUACUUCUAGCUUUUUAAGGAAGCGUCAUAUCAUUUUCCAUAGUGGUUUUACCAUUUUACAUUCCCACCAGCAGUGUGUAGGCGUUCCAGUCUCUCCGCAACCUUGCCAACAUUUGUUAUUUUCUGUUCAAAAUGCAACUCUUGUCUCAACUCUAAUUGCUCUGCAUUCUUAGAUUGCAUUUGAUGCUGAAAAGGAAGGGCAGUUAUGUUUUUGGUGGUUCUUUUGGCCUGCAUGCAGCCUUCUGGGAUUUUUGCAUACUACCACACACCAGGGGCUUCACGAAGGCAGGGUAAGAUCAAGGUCAAGAGGCCAAAUUGGUUGAGAGACUGAGUUACUGGGGCUGAGAGCUGAGGACGAUAGUCUUGGGGGACAUCUAGGUCAAUUGACAUAAUUUGGUUUAUAAAGAAAAUGCUCUACAUCCUGCUUUGGUGAGUAGCGUCUGGGGUCUUAGAAGCUUGCGAGUGGCCAUCUAAGAUACACCUACUGGUCCCAUCACAUUUGGAGCAAAGGAAAAUGAAAAAAAACAAAAAGAAGAUACAAGAAAAACAUUAGUCCAGAGGAUUAAUAGGCCACAUGAACCACAGCUUCCAUCCACCCGAGCCCAGAGAAACUGGAUGGUACUCGGCUACCACCACCAACCACUCUGACGGGAUCACAAUAGGGGGUCCAAGACAGAGUAGGAGAAAAAUGUAGAACGUAAUUCAAAUUCACAAAAAAAGACCAUACUUGCUGGUCUGACAGACUAGAGGAACCCCUGUGAUUAUGGCCCUGGACAACCCUGCUAACUCAGAAUAGAAGCCACUCCCAAAGUCCACCUCUCAGCCAAAGAUUAGACAGGCCUAUAAAACAAACCGUAACACACGCCAGGAACGUGCUUCUUAGAUCAAUCAAGUGUAUGAGACCACAUGGGCAACUCGUGCCCAAAAGUGAAGACUAGAAGGCAGGAAGGGACAGGAAAACUAGGCGAAUGGACACGGGGAGCCCAGGGUGGAAAGGGGGAGAGUGCUGACACAUUGCAGGGAUUGCAACUGAUGGCACAAAACAAUUUGUAUAUACAUUUUUGAAUGAGAAACUAAUUUGUGUUGUAAGCUUUCACCAAAAGCGCAGUAAAAUUAAAAAAAAAAAAAGAUUGGGCUGCGGGCAGAGCUCAUGUGCAGGGUAGGUCCUUGCUGCUCUGCCGACUUAACUCCUCAUGCCUGGUGUGGACCAGUCCCCAGAAGGGACUCCUGGGUGCCUCUGAGUAUUGCAUCUACUCUCAGAAUUUGGGUUCUACCAUAAUGGGAAGAGUCUGGCUGAAUUAUGGGGGAAGUUACAAUUGAAGGGUGGGUUGCUGUAUGCCAUGAAGGUUUUGACCGAAGCUUGCUGUACACCGUGUAAGAUUUGAUGUGCUGGACUUGAGAAGGUUCUCUUGGCCCCCUUGAUGCCUGUGUGUAUCACACGGUCAAUAAAACAUCCUUAGAUUGUACAAUCCAGAGCAAAUUAUUUUUUCAUCAUAUUCUACCAGAGCUGAGUGGUGACAGGUGGGGCUGAGCGGGACUGGAUUAAAUAUUAAUGCAGCUGUAUUCACUGCCCAGAGGAGCAAGCGUCCCAGAGCCAAGGUACAGAGCUACCUGGUGGCUCCAGGCUGAGAAGCUGGUGGCCUGCAGACAUGGCCCAAUUUGCCGAGGUCCUAGAGGAGAUAGGCGACUUUGGUCGCUUUCAGAUACAGCUACUGAUACUGCUGAGUAUCCCCAACUUCCUGACUGCCUUCUACAUGUUUGCCCAGGUUUUUGUGGUCCUAGAUGAGACCCACUAUUGUUCAGUGGCCUGGGUCAAGAAUGAGACUUUCAACCUAAGUGCUGCUGAGCAGCUGAGCCUGAGCGUGCCUCUGGAUGCUGCCGGCAACCCCGAGUCCUGCCUCAUGUUCCGGCCACCCCCUGAAAACGCCAGCCUGGAGGACAUCCUGAGCCACCGCUUCAAUGAGACACAGCCUUGCGAGGCUGGCUGGGACUAUCCUGAAAACAGGCCCCCAUCCCUACUGAAUGAGUUUGACCUGGUUUGUGACCGGAAGCCCCUGAAGGAGACCUCGCAGUCAGUGUACAUGGCUGGGCUCCUCGUUGGAGCUCUCAUCUUUGGGCCCCUCUGUGACUGGAUUGGACGCAAAAUCACGAUCCUGGUGCAGCUGCUGCUCUUCGCCCUCGUUGGCCUGUCCACGGCCUUCGUGCCCAGCUUCGAGCUCUACACAGCCCUGCGCUUUGCUGUGGCCACUGCCGUUGCUGGAUCCACCUUCAGCAAUGUCACCCUACGUGAGUGUCUGGGCUCUAAGGACUUGAUCUAUGUCCAUGAUGGCAGGGUUCCAAAAGCCCAGGCUGGCCAUGGACCUCAAACUGCCUGUGGGGACCUUGUCAGGCACCCCGCACCUGAACUGGUCAUACUGGACCUUCUAGUGCUGGCACUGAGUCCCCAGAUCCUGACAGGGUGGCGUCUGGGGAGUUCUAGGAGGCCCAGUCUCAGCGUCUCUCUUCCCACAGUUACAGAGUGGGUAGGGCCCUCGUGGAGGACCCAGGCCGUGGUCCUGGCCCAGUGUGCCUUCUCCCUUGGGCAGACGGCACUGGCAGGACUUGCCUAUGGCAUCCAAAACUGGCGGCUCUUUCAGAUCAUUGGCGUCUCACCUGUCCUGCUGCUCUUCUUCUGCAUCUGGGUUCUGCCAGAAUCCGCACGGUGGCUCCUGACCCGGGAAAAGGUAGAGGAGGCGAAACAACUGAUCCAGAAGGCAGCCUCAGUCAACAAGCGGAAACUCUCCCCGGAGCUCCUGAGCCAGCUGGGUCCAGAGAAGACAGGCCCCUCAGGGACUGCCCUGGACCUGUUCCGACACCCCCAGCUCCGGAAGGUGACCCUGAUUCUCUUUUGCGUUUGGUUUGUGGACAGUCUUGUGUACUUCGGCUUGGGCCUCCAGGUGGGGGACUUCGGCCUGGACAUCUACCUGACACAGCUAAUCUUCGGAGCAGUUGAGGUGCCCUCCCGCUGUUGCAGCAUCUUCACGAUGCAGAGAUUGGGCCGCAAGUGGAGCCAGCUGGGGGCUUUAGUUCUGGUGGCCUUAUGUGUUUCUGGUGGCCUUAUGUGUUUCACCAUCAUCUUUAUCCCAGCAGAUCUGCCCGUGGUGGUCACUGUGCUGGCCGUCAUGGGGAAGUUUGCCAUUUCUGCUGGAUUUACCAUCUCCUACGUGUACUCUGCUGAGCUCUUCCCUACCGUCAUCCGGCAGACAGGCAUGGGGCUGGUGGCCAUCUUCUCCAGGAUCGGGGGCAUCAUCACACCACUUGUGGUCCUACUGGGAGAGUACUAUGCGCCCCUCCCUAUGCUCAUCUAUGGCAGCCUCCCCAUCGUGGCAGGCUUACUCUGUAUCCUGCUACCAGAGACACGUGGACAGACCCUGAAGGACACCAUUGAGGACCUGGAGUCUGGUCCCAACCUGGUGAGAUGCUUCCUUUCUCUGCAGUUCAGGACCAGGGCCUCACAUCAGUGGCCCCUCUCCCAGAGGCUCAGGCCUCCACCUCACUGUUAGUCCAUCAUUGCUUAGAGGCUAAGUGUGGAUCCCUCUGGAACCAUAGUCCUCUGACUGGCUUUGGGUCAGAUUCUCCCUUACUUUGGGCAGGGGAAUGGUGAGGGACACUGCCAUGGGACCAGUUUCUGGGCACCCAGUGACAGCCUUCUACUCCCUCUAGAUGUCUGAAGCCAGCACCCUCAGAAAGGAGAACAAAAACCACAAGAAGAGCUUCCAGGACGAGGGGGUGACCUCUGUGAGCAGCACUUCUGAUUCUAGCCAGUAAAAGCCAGACAGCAGCAGGGGACCUGCCUAAACAUCCCCUGGAUAUGCCCAGGACCUGUGAGGACCAGGGCCAAGGCCAGGCUUGCUUAUGGAGGCAGGGCACCAUGAACCCAACCCACACUGCUGAGCCCACUGCUAAGCCCAAAUUCAGAACCAUCAGAGACGCGCCCCCACCCUUCUUCACCUUUCUCAUCUCCAGAGCCCCGAUCAGGCAUCCCAUCUCCAAUACCCUGGGUUAGCUUCUGGGUUGUGUCUUGGGCUUAACAUGUUCUCUGCUCAUCUUGUGGGGGUAUGGCUUUCCCGAUCCUUUCAAUCUGGAGUCCUCCUACCCCACACCCAGAACAGAACACCUUUCCAGGUAUGUGGGAACAGGAGGAGGAUAAAUUUGAAAUUGUGGACGCUAUCAAGGCAGGUGGAUGAAGAGAAGAUUGUGGUUCCUUCUGGUGCCUGGACCAGGCCCCUCUGGCUAAGAUGAGGCCCCACAGGACAUUUGAUACUCUUGAGAGAAAACCCCAUGUCGGCUCCAAAUCAAAGCUUCAGUCUUGCACUCUGUUCAAGAACCCUCCACCCAUUUAGCCCAAGCUUGGCUCCUGUCUAAGCUCUGUGUAGCUCAGGGACCAGCAAGCAGUGGGGAAGGAGAGAGAAGGGGUUUGUUCUGCUUCUUGCUCACCCCUGCCCGCCUCAAGCUCUGUUGCACCUGGCUCCCCCAGGGCCCACACAAAGUGAGGGAAAAGGAGAGAGGUCUUCACUUAACUGCUGCCAUUGGUAGCUUUCUCCAGGCUUAUACUAGCUGAUCGUCUGUCAGUCCAUUGUGGCAGGUUUCCAAAAACUGGUUCUUCCAUGGUGGCAUACUUGUGGGUUUUCAGAGAUCCUCUCAAGACCUCUGCAUUUUUCUUUAAUAUAAGCAGUAUACUCACAACUGAACUCUUGGGACCCCUUUUCAGCUUCUGCCCCCAACAUUGCUCCUCCUAUACUGCGGCAUUCUCUUACCUUAGAAGACAGCCCAGGGGGUGAGGUCCCAUCAAGCUAUGGGAAGCCUACAAGAACACCAUGCGUUUUUGCCCCAUCUGAUUAUGGAAAAAGCUUACCAACCACUGCUCCCACAAGGUCUGAGGCAGGGCAGGGCCUUGAUAGAGUCACCCACAUCAGUUCAGGAAGAGUCCAGCUUCCCAGUACCCAGAGUGUGCCCACGACCUCCCUGGGGCUAGCCCUCACCCUUGUAGGGUGGAGGUGGUGGCCCCUGCUAGGCCCUGUCCACCUAACUUCUUGCUUUUGCUCUUCAGAGAUCAAGACAAUAGGGACUGUCAGCUCCUGAGCAUUCAGUCAAAGUGCGUCAAAGGACCCGGUGUCUAUUCAAUUCCUCAGCCUCUUAUCAAGGGAGACAGAAAUAACUUCAUAAUUUUUCACAAAGAUAAUUACCAUCUGUAGCUGGUACGAGUGUUAUGUCUGUAAACUCAUGUCUUCAGGAAAUACUAUGUUUCUUUAAAUUAUACUAUGAGCUUCCAUCUCACCGAGCUGAAAGGAAGUUCAACCUCGGCCAUUAUUAUUGGGGCGCUCUUCCACCCAGAGAUUGGGGUCUCAUGUAAGCAAGGCCAAGGAGUGCUCCCUGCCCUGGUCAUCGGUCUCGCUGAUAGUGGAUACCCUCUGUGCCUGCCUGCUCAGGCCCUCCAGCCCCAGAAGUGCUGUUGCUUCAGGCCAGGGAGCUCUGGGGAGUCUGGGGGGCCUAGGACCAGCCACUCGGUAGACCACAGAUGCCUGGAGGGAGGCUUUGUGAAAGCUGGAGGGUCAGGUUCUUCAAACACCAAGCGGAUUUCACUGCUGAGCCCCCAAAUAAGUGAAAAUUGAAGCUGUACAAAAUGGGCAUACAAACCCAUUGCCGUGGAGUCAGUUCCAACUCAUAGCAACCCUAUAGGAUAGGGUAGAACUGUCCCAUAGAGUUUCCAAAGUUGUCGUCUUUCUGGGAGCAGACUGCCACAUCUUUCCUUCUCAGAGUGGCUGGUGGGUUCGGACCACCGACCUUUUGGUGCGCUGCCGAGUGCUUUUACCACUGCACCACCAGGGCUCCUUAAAACAGGCAUAAAGAGGUUCAAAACCUGAGUUUCCCCAUGAUAAAUACUUUGAUGGCUCUAUACUGAAGUAUCAUUUCAAAACCAAAUUCUUUUCAAAACCAUUUUUUCAACGUUUUGGUGCCCCGGUUUUUCCAUUACCCUGGGCACAUGUGGCAUCUGCUGACCGUAUCAGGCAGGCCUGAGUCCCAGCUUCUGCAGUUGUUCAUUUUUCCCUCCGAAGCUUAUCGGGGCAGCAUCCUGAAUGGGGUGAGGAGGAGAAAGCUCUGUCGCUGCAGCAUCAGGAAGCAGAGGCCCGGCCGUGAGCUGCUGGGGCUUGAAGUCUGCUGGGUCUUGGGCUGCUCAGAGGGCGGUAUCUGAUGGUGAAUGACCCCUUUCUGAAAUCUGCUCUGUCUGGCUCCCAUGGGUCAGCUCAGCAGGAAAGGACAAGGCUUUCUCUUCCCCAGCAAGGGGCCAUCAGUUCCUCUCCCAAGUCCGCUGUGUACCUGGCCCUGUGCUGGCCCCCUGUCUCCCCCUCACGCACAGACUGGAGCGCUGUACCCCUAAGCCAGCAGAAGGGCUAUGGGGGAGCUGGGGCACCUGCAGGCAGAUCUGACCAGUGCUGUUGGCAGCAAGGUAUUGCAGACGGACAGACAGCAAGGAAUGUGGGCAGGGACAAGCCACUUCCAGUGAUGACAUCAGGAAGGCUUGAGAGACAGCUGACCACAGUUCUAUUUGGAAAGAUGGGGAGAAUUACCCUAAGUGGGGAUGGGCUCCCCAUACAAAGGCACAGGGACUAGAGCUCACAGCGCUGGCUCAUGUGGAGACCAUCCUAGCCUUACCUCAUUCUGUCCCUAGGGGCUGUGGCCCGUCCUGCCCCUGAAGCGAAAUGCUGCUCCUCACCAUUCCCACCCCACCCUGAGAACCUCGCACCCCAUUGUGACACUACUCCCCGACCACCAAUGGAACCCAAGGGUUCUGCUUCCGAGGGUCCGACUGGGCCUGGAUUGUGGUCAGGUGGACCCUGGCUUUGGCUUGUGGUCCUGUCUCCAGGGAGGAGGGUCCGGAAGGGUGUGGAAGGUGGCAAUUGUGAUGACACCCAGCAAUUGUGGGGCAGCGUUCUCAGCACAGAUGUGGACAGGAGCCUGCCUGGGCUUGUUCGGCUGUAGGGAAUCUGUGGAAAGACCAGGUCAGCCUCACAGGAAGCGUGAGUUUGCAGGUGUGGCAUCUGGCCAUUUCCGGCCCUCAGGUAGAACGCUGCUCCUGGCCUACACUCCCCUUAUCCAGGCCUCAGUUUCCUUUUUUGUACAUCGAGAACCAACUGCCUGGGGCACGUGGACCUGGCAGGGGACCUUUGGGAUGAUUUGAGGGAGCAAGUGUUCAGGGUUUUGCAGACCAUCAGGCCCCUGCAGGUACCCAGUUGAUGCCUUGGGGAGACCUAAGGGACGCUCCCAGGAGAGGCUGGUAAGCUGGCUCCAGGUCUGGAAGCCAGAGCUCUGUGAGGGGGCAAAGACCUCCCUCCCUUCCUGGGAAGUUUCUCUCGUCCACUCCAACUCCCCUGUGACCUGACACACCUACACUCUGUAUCAGUUUCCUAUCGCGGCUGUACUAAACCACCACAAACUUAGCAUCUGGAGACAACGGGAACUUACCAUCUUAUAGCUGUGGAGGUCAGAGGUCUGAAACGGGUCUCAUUGGGCUAAAAUCAAGGUGUCAGCAGGGCUGUGCUUCUGGAGGCUCCCGGGGAGAAUCUGCUUUCUUGCCUUUUCCAUCUUCUAGAGGCCGCCUGCAUUCCUUGCCUUCUGACUCCCAUCUUCAAAACCUCCAUCUUGGCUGGUCACAUCUUUCUCACAUCGGAUCACUCUGACACUUAUUCUUCUGCUCCUUCAUCCACGUGUAAAGGACCCUUAUUACUACACAGCCUUGAAAACCCUGUGGGGCAGUUCUGUCCGGCACACGGGGUCGCCACGAGUCUGAGUUGACUCUACGGUUACUAACAACAUGAUUACAUGGGGCCCACCCACACAAUCCAGGAUAACCUUCUUAUCUUAAAGCCAGCUGGUUACCAACCUCCAUUCCCCCUUGCUUUGUAAUAUAACAUAUAUUCACAGGUCCCAGGGGUUAGGACAUGGACAUCUUGGGUAGGGGGCUUUAUUCUGCUUGCUCACCCCACCGCCCCCAUCAACAUUCAUGUGCACUUUUCUAGUAUUCUCUUGUACAUGUCCUAUUCCUGCUGAGAUCAGGGAUCCUGAAUUUUGGGGGCAAGCAGGAGGCACAGAUGAAUGAAAAGGGCUAUGUGUAGGAGACAAAUGAUGCUGGACCUUGGCCUCCUGUUGGAAUAAAUCAGUAGUAAUGAGCCAUGUGGUAAGCAGAGUAAUCCUCACUAUAAAGAGAGAGCCCCUACUCAACGUUAACCAGUUCUUGCCAUGUGGGAGUUCUGACCCAGUUGGUUAAACUUGAAGAAGAAAAUCCUGAACUUAUGUGAAAUCUGUUGGCAGCUAAUUCAGCUCUAGGACACCAAAAAAAAAAAAAAAAC